GGUAAAAUACCAAACUAAAGCAGCUUGUACUUUAUCUGCAACCAAACCAAACACCCACGAGUUUUUCAUCUUCGUCAACAAAAGCAGCUCUUUUUUCUCUUUUGGCUUCGUAUUCAUAGGUUCGCACCUAUUGAUUCACUGUACUUGAUUUUCCUAACUUAGCAUUGAGGAAUGGCGAAGAGUUACUUCAAGCAAGAGCAUGGUCUUGAGAAGAGGAGGGCAGAGGCUGCCAGGAUCAGGGAGAAGUACCCAGAUAGGAUUCCCGUGAUCGUGGAGAAGGCAGAAAGAAGUGAUAUACCAAACAUAGACAAGAAAAAGUACCUUGUUCCAGCUGACCUGACUGUAGGACAGUUUGUCUAUGUUAUCCGCAAAAGAAUCAAGUUGAGUGCAGAAAAGGCAAUCUUUAUAUUUGUGGAUAAUGUCCUCCCACCCACAGGUGCUAUCAUGUCUGCAAUAUAUGAGGAUAAAAAGGAUGAAGACGGGUUUCUCUAUGUGACCUACAGCGGAGAGAACACUUUUGGGUCUCAGAUUCCACUGUAGACAUCUGUGGUUGCCUCGUUUAUUUCCUGGUUCCACUAAAUUAUUUAUCAUAACUAUUGUCUUCACCCCCUCGUGUCAAUAGUUCUUUAUUCUGCCUAUUUGUAAAGAUAUUUACAGUCAUGUAUAUAAGCUUGACGAACCCUUUCAUUCCCAAA